AUGAACUACGAACUGAUAACACAGGCCUCUAUACUUGCCAAAAAUGAAACUGAUCCAACUAUCGUGCAAAACACUGAUGUAAGCAAUGCAAACAAUACUUUGGAUAAAGAUUGUGAUAAUGUGGAGGUUGUAGUAAAUAAUAAUAAUAUCACUGAUUGUAAUGAUACUAAAGUGCAAAAAGCUGAUGUACAAAUACAAAACUGCGAUACAAUUGAAGCACAAAUUGAGUGUACUAAUGCCAACGUCAUUGAAAAUAAUACAGAAAUACAGAAUUGUGCGCAUAACGAUCAAGAAGUUGAUAAAAAUUGUAAAAGUAAUACUAAAAAUGAAAUUCCGAACAGUGAUACAAUAUUAAAAUAUGUAUACAAAAAGAGUGACAAAGUUAAAGACAAUAAUAAAUCCACGGGUCAUGAAAAAAAUAGCUUAAAGCGUCGAAAACGAUCAUUAGCAAGUGGAAUUAAUAAUGAACUACUUAAUCUGGAACAAAAAGCUCCUUUGAUUGUCAACUAUGAAACAUCUCACGGCAAUCGCCAUGAACAAAGUUCACCUAUUCGAAAUGCUGAAAAAAAUAUAAAAUCAUCAGCGCUAGCAGAUUUCAACAUAGAAACUUUACAUGCCAAUAACAAAAAAACCCAUCCACAAAGAAAUAGCAAACAUUCUUCAAGAGGAAAUUAUAAUCCUCCGCCACCAAAUGUUGAAGAAAAGCGAAACAGACAAGAAAAUAGUAUACCAAGAAAAAGUAGUGAAGACAAUAGCAGCGAAAAUAGCGCUUCGAGUGAAGAAAGUGGCGAACAUAUUAAAAAUAGAGCUGUAUAUCAAAAUCCUCCUACAAAUCGUGAAAACAAUAAUGAAAACUCUGACGAAUCGCAAGAAAGUAAGGAAAAUAGAGAAAACUUUAAUAAAGCUCAUUAUUCAGAUAAUGCAGUAUCUGCAGAAAGUAAAGAGAGUGCUGAACAAAUAGAUAGUAAAGAGAAAACAUCAAAAUAUUCAAAGUCUCUUGAACAGAGUGAAGAGAGCAAUGAAAGAGAUAUAAAACCGAGAGAUAAGCAACAAUAUUCAAACGAUGACCACAAAAGUGAAGAGUAUAAAAAUAAUCCACAAACUUUUGUUGAAAAUAGUAAUGAGAGCUCGGAAGAAGAGAAAACGCGAAAGUCGAGCUCACCCGAUGAAUACAAAAAUGCAUUAAAAGAAAACAAAAACUCGGAACAGGCUAUACAAGACGUAGGUCUAGAAGAUUUUAGCUAUGAAAGAAUACAAGUUAAUGCAAAAGGAGAGGUAGAACCUGCCAAAGAUACCCAUCAAAAUAUAAGUAGCGAACCAAUAGUAUUACAAACAACUACAAAACCUACAGCGGAUCUAAAGACCUACAAUGAAGAAAAGACAGCAUCAAUAGAAAGCGAUGAAACUUCUGGCAGUAUUGAAAAAGACCAAAGUAGUGAACCAGUCAAUAUUAAUGAUGGAGAAGUCAAACCAGUGGUGGAAAUAAAUAGAGAUGCGGACAGUAUUGAAUUAAGUGAAAAAAAUACAGAAGGAUCUUCAAAAAGUGACAACGAAAAUGAAAGCUUAGAAACUCUUUUAGGAGUUAACAUACCCGAUAAUAAUCAUAAUGAUGAAGAGAGUAGUAAAAUAAUUGGAAAUAAACCAGAUGUGAAGCAAGAAUUUGAAAGAAUACCUACAGAUUAUAAACACGAUAACAAAAAACAAAGUGAAGAAAACGAAAGUGUAAAACCCAGUGUCAUAGAAAACAAAAACUCAAAUUCAAAUAAUGACGAGGGUACACUUGACGUAUUCAAAUCAAAAGACGAGAACUUUGAUGAGAACUUGAAGAUAAAAUUCGCAGAUGUGACAGUUAAGUUACCAGAAAUAAAACUACCAGACGAUGUUUUAGAUUAUGCACAAAGUAAUAACGACGACACCGACGAUGAGCCUGCUUACUAUGGAUAUUAUGAUGACAGAAAUGAGAAACAGGCUUACAAGAAAGAAGAUGAUUCUGAAGAAGAUGAGGAUGAAGAAGAAGAUGAUGAUGACUUGUAUGAAAAAUUCGUCCGGGAAAGAUUCGGUAAACGUGGUUCAUUCCAAAAGCGAUCUGAGAAACUGCAAGAUAUUAACAGUAAACCACACAAUCCACAAUUGUACGCAACUAUAAAGAAUAUUCUCAAAAAAACUGAACAAGUUCGUAAGGAGGCCGAAACAAGUGGUGACCCUAAAGCAGGUUACGCGUGGACUUUAGAAUACGGUGAAAACGCGUAG